UCUUGUCUUGCAACAGCAGCCAGUCGGUUGGAGAGGAGCUGCAAUUUCUACCGACUGCUGGGUUAAAACACACAAUUCCCCGAAAUUUAAACAACCCCUCUGCAAGUAACAUCUUCGGUAGCAAGGCGCUCGACAUGGGCUGCCUUGGAGUGAUGGACUACUAAAUUAUGAAGCGCUGUGUUUCCAGCCCCUACUCUGUCUCCUCCUUCCACUUCUGAACCCGUCCCCAGUGCUGCUGCUGCUAGCUGUUUGGUUUGGACACUUCAGAAAGCCCACCAGCUGCUGUCCACGCACACACACACAUGGUGCAUUGCUGUCGUUCCCCAGCUUGCAUCUCUAUAUCACAACCUUGCAGUAACCUUCUGCAAACACAGAGUCAACCCCAGGGAUAAAAAUAAAGCUGUUUCUGUUUUCCAGAGCGGUCAUCCCUGAGCCUUUGAUUUUUGGUGCUGCUGCUGUAGUAUACCGUAGUGAGAAACACUCAGCCCAGCAUGGAGUACUGCUUGUCACAAGUGAUGCAGAAAGACGUGGGGAAGAGGCUCCAGGUGGGGCAGGAGCUGGUAGACUACAUCUCGGACCGAGAGAAGUCUUCAGAUCUGGAGCACGACCAGACCAUGCUGGAUAGACUGGUGGAUGGGAUUGCCACCUCCUGGGUAAACUCCAGCCAUUUUAAGGUGGCUUUGCUGGGUAUGGACAUUUUAUCUGCCUUAAUCAUGCGAUUACAAGAGCGCUUUAGAGCCCAGAUCAGCACAGUCCUGCCAAGUUUAAUUGACAGGCUGGGCGACGCAAAGGAUCAAGUUCGAGACCAGGAUCAAACUCUGCUGCUAAAGAUCAUGGAGCAAGCUGCUAACCCACAGUAUGUUUGGGACCGAAUGCUGGGAGGGUUCAAACACAAGAACAACAGGACCAGAGAGGGAGUCUGCCUCUGUCUUAUUGCAACUUUAAAAAUAUAUGGAGCUCAAGGUUUAACACUAAGCAAAAUUGUACCACACAUCUGUAAUUUAUUAAGUGAUCCAACUAGCCAGGUUCGCGAUGGAGCAAUGAACUGCCUUGUAGAAAUCUACAGACAUGUAGGGGAGAGGGUGCGCUCAGAUCUCAGUAAAAAGGGAUUACCCCAAUCAAGAUUGAAUGUAAUUUUUGCAAAGUUCGCUGAAGUGCAAAAGUCUGGGAACAUGAUGCCAUCUUCAGAUAAGAGUGUUGAGGAUGAAGACUCUGUGGAUGGGAACAGGCCUUCCUCUGCCAGCUCCACCUCCUCCAAGGCUCCCCCUAGUGGCAAGAAAGGGGCCAGCAUGGGGACGGCUCGCAGGCCAAGCUCUGCAGCCGGGCCCAAGACUCCAGGAAAGGAAGCAAGUGCAGGUGCUGUAGAUGAAGAAGACUUCAUUCGGGCGUUUGGUGACGUUCCAGCGAUACAGAUCUAUUCCAGCAGAGAGCUUGAAGACUCCAUGAACAAGAUCAGAGAAAUCUUAUCGGAUGACAAACACGACUGGGAGCAGAGAGUAGUUGCACUGAAGAAGGUUCGCUCUUUGCUUCUGGCUGGUGCUGUGGAAUACGAUGGCUACUUUCAGCAGCUGCGUCUUCUGGAAGGAGCCUUCAAGCUAUCGGCUAAAGAUCUGCGUUCACAGGUCGUGAGGGAGGCUUGCAUCACCCUGGGGCAUCUCUCUACAGUUCUGGGAAACAGAUUUGACCACGGUGCUGAAAGCAUCAUGCCAACUCUCCUCAAUCUAGUUCCGAACAGUGCCAAAAUCAUGGCUACAUCUGGCAUAGCCGCUAUAAACCUCAUCAUACGUCACACACACUACCCCAGGCUGAUUCCCAUCAUGACCAGUAACUGCACGUCGAAAUCUGUAGCUGUUAGAAGGCGCUGCUACACAUUUCUAGACCUGCUGCUUCAGGAAUGGCAGACGCACUCAUUAGAGAGACACCUGCCGGUCUUGACUGAAACAAUUAAGAAGGGCAUCCACGAUGCAGACUCCGAGGCCAGAUCAGUAGCAAGAAAGUGCUACUGGGGAUUCCAUGGUCAUUUCAGUCGGGAAGCAGAGCUCCUUUUUCAUAACUUGGAGUCUUCUUACCAGAAAGCCCUGCAGUCUCACCUGAAGAACUCGGACAGCAUUGUCUCCUUGCCUCAGUCAGACAGGUCCUCCUCCAGUUCCCAGGAAAGCCUCAACCGUCCUUUGUCUACAAAGCGGCCCCCUGCUGGAAGCAGCAUGUCCAGAGCAGUCAGUUCCAAGUCUGUGAGUACCCCCGGAUCCCUGCAACGCUCUCGCAGUGACGUGGAUGUGAACGCGGCGGCCAGCGCCAAGUCAAGGAUGACGGCAGCUCCCAGCGCCACACCUUUCAGCACUGCGGCUGCCCUGCCCCCAGGCUCCUACGCAUCUUUAGAUGGUACACCCGCUAAAUCAGAGGGCCGAGUGCGCACCAGGAGGCAGAGUUCUGGCAGUGCUGCAGGGGGCAGCACAACUCCAGCGGACAACCGGGGCCGCAACCGGGCCAAGGUCUCCCAGUCUCAACGAUCCAGAUCGGCUAACCCUGCUGGUGCGGGCAGUCGCUCCGGCUCUCCAGGGAAGCUCCUGGGACACUCGUACGGGAGAGCUCAGCGAGGGGCUUUGGUGUCCACUCCCUCGGAGAAGAAAAGCAAGAUCCCUCGCAGUCAGGGCUGCAGCAGAGAGACCAGCCCCAACAGACUGGGAUUAGCCCGGAGCAGCCGUAUCCCUCGACCCAGCAUGAGUCAGGGGUGCAGCCGCGACACCAGUCGUGAGAGCAGUCGAGAUACGAGCCCUGCUCGGGGCUUCACUGCACUGGCUUCCAGGCGUCACUCCAGGUCCACCAGUGCUCUCUCCACUGCCGAGUCUAUUGGACAGCCAGAUCGGUUUGGGCUUUCCCAUCAAGCCAGGAUUUCUGCUUCGGUGAACGCCAUGCGGGUUCUGAGCGCUAGUACAGAGGUGGAGGCUGCAGUCGCUGAUGCACUGCUGUUAGGAGACUCCAGGAAUCAGAGGAAGCCAGUGCGGAGGAGGUUUGAUCCUCCAGGCAUGUACUCUGACGACGAUGCUAACAGCGACGCGUCCAGCGCCUGCUCCGAGCGCUCCUACGGUUCCAGGAACGGGGGCGUCCCUCACUACCUGCGGCAGACCGAGGACGUGGCCGAGGUCCUGAACCACUGUGCCAGUUCCAACUGGUCUGAGAGGAAGGAGGGGCUUGUGGGCCUGCAGAAUCUACUGAAGAGCCAGAGGACACUGAGCCGUGUUGAACUGAAAAGGCUUUGUGAGAUCUUCACCAGAAUGUUUGCCGAUCCUCACAGCAAGAGAGUAUUCAGCAUGUUCUUGGAGACCCUGGUUGAUUUUAUUACCAUCCAUAAAGAGGACCUGCAGGACUGGCUGUUUGUGCUGCUGACACAGUUGUUAAAGAAGAUGGGUGCUGACUUGCUGGGCUCUGUGCAGGCAAAAGUGCAGAAAGCGCUGGAUGUCACCAGGGACUCCUUCCCUUUCGAUCAACAGUUUAACAUUCUGAUGAGGUUUAUAGUUGAUCAAACACAAACGCCAAACCUCAAGGUAAAGGUUGCAAUCCUGAAGUAUAUCGAGUCUCUGGCCAGGCAGAUGGACCCCACUGACUUUGUGAACUCCAGUGAGACUCGACUGGCUGUUUCUCGAAUUAUAACCUGGACAACAGAACCAAAGAGCUCUGAUGUGAGAAAGACCCUUCAUAACUGGGUGACUGAUGCGUUGCCUAGCAGGUCCAGUACCACCCCUUCAGUGCCUGGGGAAGGAAACCUGGAAGAAAGGUGCAAGCAGGCUGCCCAGGUGGUGCUGAUUUCUCUCUUUGAGUUGAACACCCCAGAGUUCACCAUGCUGCUGGGUGCCUUGCCAAAAACAUUCCAGGAUGGUGCCACCAAACUCCUGCACAGCCACCUGAAGAACUCCAGCAACACCAGCAUGGGCUCUCCAAGCAACACAAUUGGACGAACCCCCUCACGACACUCCAGCAGCAGAACCAGCCCCCUCACCUCACCAACCAACUGUUCCCAUGGGGGAUUGUCACCAAGUCGCUUGUGGGGUUGGAGUGCUGAUGGGCUGUCCAAGCACCCCCCUCCCCCCUCUCAGCCUCACUCCAUCCCUGCUCCACCCCCUCACAGGGCCUUCAGACGCUCUUACUCUCCCAGCAUGCUGGAUUAUGACACUGAGAACAUGAACUCGGAUGAGAUCUACAGCUCGCUGCGCGGCGUGACGGAAGCCAUCCAGAGCUACAGCUACCGGAGCCAGGAGGAUCUGCACGAGCCAAUCAAACGAGAGGGAAAGAAGGACGAUGGAGUAUGCAGAGAGGGUGGGAUGGCGUCUCCAGUUACGGACCUUCGUGUUGGCGUUGAUGUGGUGGAAGGAGGGAGAACAGCUCUCGAUAACAAAACCUCUUUACUCAACACGCCUCCACCACGCUCCUUCUCCGGCCCGCGGAGUCGCGAAUACAACCCUUACAACUACGCGGACACAAUCAGCACCUAUGACAAGAGCGCUCUCAAUGAGGCUGUGUUCGAUGAUGAUCUGGAGCAGGGCCGUCGCCAGGACUGCCUUGAAAACAAGAUGCUGCAUCCCAAGGGUUUUACACCUGUUCCCAUUGAUCACUCGGACCUGGUAGCUGAUCUCCUGAAGGAGCUGUCCAAUCACAAUGAGCACGUGGAGGAGCGGAGGGGCGCCCUGCUGGAUCUCCUUAAGAUCACCCGCGAGGGCAGCCUGGCCGUGUGGGACGAGCACUUCAAGACCAUCCUGCUGCUGCUGCUGGAGACGCUGGGAGACAAGGAGCACUCCAUCAGAGCCCUGGCACUGCGGGUAUUGAAAGAGAUCCUGAGGAACCAGCCGGCACGGUUCAAGAACUAUGCAGAGCUGACAAUCAUGAAGACGCUGGAGGCACAUAAGGAUUCCCAUAAAGAGGUUGUGAGGGCUGCGGAGGAGGCAGCUUCCACUCUGGCCAGCUCCAUUCACCCUGAACAGUGCAUCAAAGUGCUGUGCCCCAUCAUCCAGACAGCCGAUUACCCCAUUAACCUGGCUGCCAUCAAAAUGCAAACGAAGGUCAUUGAGCGCAUUUCAAAGGAGAGUCUCCACCAGCUCCUCCCAGACAUUAUCCCUGGAUUGCUUCAGGGCUAUGAUAACACAGAGAGCAGUGUUCGCAAGGCCAGUGUCUUUUGUCUGGUUGCCAUCUAUUCAGUAAUUGGAGAAGAGCUGAAACCACACCUUGCACAGCUCACUGGAAGCAAGAUGAAGCUGUUGAAUCUGUACAUCAAGAGAGCCCAGACCACCAACAGCAACAGCAGCUCCUCCUCGGACGUGUCGACUCACAGCUAGCAGAGCAGCGCGGGACUGAAUCCUCGUCCGUCAGGAUCGCAGAGCUGCGCCUCCACAGAGACCUUUCUGCUCUUGUGUUCACAUCAGCACAGUCCUUUCUACAAAACUAGGGGCAAGAUCCUGUUGCAGUCAAUGUUUCAAACAUCUCUGUGUAACAUUCUUUAGCUUUCUCUUCUUUUCAGUCCCCUUUCUUAAAGAGCCAUGAAUGUAGUCAAGGCCUGAGUAAGUGUUGGAUCGUGUUUUGGUUUUGUUUUGUUUUUAAUGUAAGCACUAACUCACAGGAUUCUGAAAUAUGGAAGUUUCACACUGUAUAUUCAAGUCAAUCAAUUUCUGAGUAAGUGUCGGGUCGUGUUUUGGUUUUGUUUUGUUUUUAAUGUAAGCACUAACUCACAGGAUUCUGACAUAUGGAAGUUUCACACUGUAUAUUCAAGUCAAUCAAUUUCUGAGUAAGUGUCGGGUCGUGUUUUGGUUUUGUUUUGUUUUUAAUGUAAGCACUAACUCACAGGAUUCUGAC